AUGUCUGCGGAAAGAGCAGAGGUUUCCCAGCCUCGCGCUGGUGAUAUCAAAAAAGUCCAUAUCUCCGAGACGGCCCUUACACGGAGUAACUGGCACAAGCAUGUCAACUGGCUGAAUGUUAUUUUUAUCAUCGGUAUCCAUCUGUAUGGUUGCGUUCAGGCAUUCUGGGUUCCAUUGCAGACCAAGACAGUCAUUUGGACGAUCAUCUACUACUUCUUCACUGGCCUGGGUAUUACAGCAGGAUAUCAUCGGUUGUGGGCUCAUCGCUCCUAUUCCGCUCGGCUUCCUCUGCGUAUCUGGCUCGCCGCCAUGGGCGGUGGUUCCGUCCAAGGGUCCAUCCGCUGGUGGGCUCGUGACCACCGCGCCCACCACCGUUAUACUGACACCGACAAGGAUCCAUACUCCGUCCGCAAGGGUCUGAUUUACUCGCACAUCGGCUGGAUGGUGAUAAAGCAGAACCCCAAGCGUAUCGGGCGCGUUGAUAUCUCCGACCUCAACGAGGACCCUGUUGUGGUGUGGCAACACCGGAACUACCUUAAGGUCGUCCUUUUUAUGGGUUUAGCCCUGCCUAUGCUCGUGGCUGGAUUUGGCUGGGACGACUGGUGGGGUGGCUUUAUCUACGCUGGUAUUUUACGUAUCUUCUUUGUGCAGCAGGCGACUUUCUGCGUGAACUCCAUAGCCCACUGGCUCGGUGACCAGCCGUUCGACGACCAUAACUCGCCUCGUGACCACGUCAUUACUGCCAUGGUUACCCUUGGAGAGGGAUACCACAAUUUCCACCAUGAGUUCCCCUCAGACUACCGUAAUGCUAUUGAGUGGUACCAGUACGAUCCAACCAAGUGGUCUAUCUGGGUAUGGAAGCAGCUGGGCCUGGCCUAUGACCUGAAGCAGUUCCGCGCCAAUGAAAUUGAGAAGGGCCGUAUCCAGCAGCUCCAGAAGAAGCUUGACCAGAAGCGCGCCAGGCUAGACUGGGGUGUCCCGCUUGAGCAGCUACCUGUGAUGGAAUGGGAUGACUACAUCGAAUUAGCCCAGAAUGGCCGCGGGCUGGUGGUCAUUGCCGGUGUAGUGCACGAUGUGACCGAAUUCAUCAAGGACCACCCGGGUGGCAAGGUUAUGAUCAGCUCGGGCAUUGGCAAGGAUGCCACGGCCAUGUUCAACGGUGGAGUCUACUGCCACUCGAACGCAGCACAUAAUCUGCUGUCGACCAUGCGGGUGGGCGUGAUCCGUGGCGGUAGCGAGGUUGAGAUCUGGAAGAGGGCCCAGAAAGAAGGCAUCGCCGAGUAUGUCCGCGAUGGGAUGGGUCAGCGCAUAAUUCGCGCUGGUGAACAGGUGACGAAGCUCCCGAAACCUAUUCCAACGGCGGACGCUGCAUGA